AUGUUCGACAUCGAAGAUCCCACGCUGAACAAAGAAAAAUGCCGUACUACAAUCGGCCAGUUUCCCCGUUCCAUUGAUCCACGACAGCCGCCAACCAAAAAAAUACCAUUAUCAGCGAUAUCAGGGCAUCCCUUUACGCAUUCGAUAGAGCUUCUUCUCCCAGAUGAGCUUUUUCAGACUACCUGGGAUGCAAUUUCGGCUAAGAUUAACCCCUGUGAAUAUGCGAAGGUGUUCAUGUCUCUGUUAGAUGUUAUUGAAGGUGAAUUCUUUAAUAAAUAUAUUAAGAUUGGUAAUAUCUUGAUGAUUUCAGAGGGAAGACACGGCGUGGAUAAUGUAUAUUCGCUUAAGGACGGUCUUCUUUCGUUAGAGCUAGAUAAAAACUCCUACGAACGCGCAGGUCUUGUAGGUAAACCAAUCCAAAGUGGAGGUAAAAAACAUGUGGUCACCAGAUACGUUGUUGAAAUAAAUCUUCGCCUCCCUUCAAUGCUCCACGGCAAAAAAGGGUUUGAUCGCAUUGUAUGGGCAUUUAAAAACGUUUUAAACUCAUCUGUUGCAUGGCUAUUUUGUGACUUAUCGUCAACAUCCAGCAUCUUAGGCGAGGAUGCACCUAUUAAGAAGCAUCAGCCCCAGAUAUUCCCUUGCACGUCUACGACGUCAUCUUUCCGUGAUAUCCUAGUACCCCCGCUUACCCCUUCAACGUUCGUUACAGACGAAGGUAGGGCGACAUCGGCGUUUAUUGAGACAUGUCAUGAGAUUCAAGAGUGGCUUGCUCUCGCUUUUUUGGACUCCCCACGUAUCCAUGCCAAUGACACGAUUGAUCAGUAUUUAAGUCGAUACUCGGUCCCGGACCAAGAGAACUGCACACAAACUAAUUUAGUGAAAAUCUCCUGGAAAGGAUUAAUCCCCAGUCCAUGGAUUAUACAAUUAUUCAUUGCUACUUUACAUAGCACCACUAAAUCUGAUUCUUGGUUUGCCUUCAAUUCAUGUGCUUUGGGUAAAAAAGCGAUUGAAGGCAAGGAUGGGUAUAUGAUACUAGGGUUUCCUCAAACAAAACUCACCUCCGCGAAUGAAGAAAAUCAAGCUUCAAAGCCAAGUUUUGUCUUUUGGGAGUAUACUGGUAGCCCAUGGUCAGCCAGUUCGUGA